CCAGAACUUUACAUAAUUAUCGUACAAAACCCGGUCGACACUGGUUAUUGUCUACGACGCCGCAGGCAUCACCAUCAUCAAGGCUGGUGCGAGAAGCCACAAAACACAAGCCUCGACACGCCGCCGGAUACAAUAUGGACAGACUAUGGAUUGCGCCUCACCCGUGUACCACGACUCAGCACCACGUCCAUCGUCUAUCCUAUACGGCGCCAAUCCAUGACCCUCACUCAUCGCACCGCAUCGCAUCGUAGCGCAUCGCAUCUCGCGACCUCAACACCAUAAAAUUCCCCGCCCACAACGCACCCGGCGUCCUGGCACAGCCUUCGAAAUUCUCCGACGCACACCCACCCGCACACGCACACCACGAUGCAGCCGAACCUUCCGCUGCACGCAGCCCCCGGCCCGCGUACCGUCUACGACCCAACAACCACAACCACACCCAGAGCAAGCUUCACGACCAAAACCACACCCAUAAAACCAUCCCGCACGCUCACACCCCCCUACCCACCCAAAUUACCAUCCCAUAUCCUCACCCACCACGACCAGACAGGCGGCAACUUCCAAUGCAUCCUCGCCCUCACCACUAGCAAUAGCAGCAGCAGCAGCACACAUCUCCUCGCCAUCCUAGCCGCCCACUUCGACCGCGCAAUCCACCUCUCCACCAGCACUAGCACAACAACAACACACCAACCCCCAUCGAUCCCACGCGGCCGCACAAACAGCGGCCGCGCAAUCGAAUCAUUACAUCAUCAUCACCAGCACAACAACACCCCAUCAUCAACAAGCGCACGCAUCCUCGACCUCGGCGCCGAAUCAGUCGAUCUAAUCGUCGUGCACGACGACGGGGAUGAAUUCUCUCACACUGACACAGACAUAGCCUCAGCACCAUGGUGGCGAGCCAUAAGCCGCGUCCUGCGCACAAGCGGGACAGUUGCGAUAUGGCGCGUGGACCGCGCGUAUUGCUAUCCGUUGCCGACGACGACGGUGCGGUGCGAGGAGGUGCAGCGGUUGUUGUUCCGGCUGGAGGAUCUGAGGAGGGGAGUGUGGGAUAGUAGUAGUGGUAAUGAUGGUAGCGGUAGUAAUGCUAGUGGUGGACACAGGGACAGGGACAGGUACACCGGAAUCCCAAUGCCAUGGCAGUACGCAGGCCUGGAGACGCCGUUUGACAAGUACGCGAUGCAGCGCAUGGUGUGGAACGCGCGGGGUGAGGCGGAUGCGUUGGGCGAAUACUUCGCCGGCAUCGAAUCGAGAAGACUAGAUGAGUGGGAGCACUUACUUCGGACAACGAUAGCAACAAAGACAACGACGAAGUCUGACAACGACUCCAACACUGCACACGUGAUAGCCUCAACAUUCGCACAGCUACGCGACGUGCUCGGCGAAGGCGUGGAGGAGAUCAGUAUGGUCGGACCGACAGCCCUGGUGACGAUGAAAAAGAUAUGGUGGUAUACGACUAGGCUGUACUGAAAGGAAGGAAAACACACUCUCCGUCAAUUAAUCAAUGAAUAACUAGUGGGUUUGGUCUGGUCUGGUCACGUGGGGUGGGCUGGUUAUAUUUUCAUUAUCUGGAAGGGAAAAGAAGAGAGUUUUGUCUUUUGGUAGGACUUAUUGACGUCGUUAUCACUCUUAUUAACUUCCGAAACGACAAGACAUUCAGGGGUUCGGACGUCUGCAGAAAUGUACAUAACUGUCCUAACAUUCCUAGUAUCUCGAGGUGGUAAUCAGGGGGGUCAAGACACACGUCCACGGCUCACUCAUCUCGCAACAUGCGAUCACUCCUCAACACGAGUGCACAUCGUAGGAUGCGCUGAUACUUAUUAUCGCAGUAGGCAAUGGUCAUCCAUUUGAAUAAAUACACGCACACGCACUGGA